CCCGGGUUCCCGCCCUAGCUCCGGCCGGAGCAUCAGGUGGGGCCCAAGACCCCCGCAGACUAGGCUGCUGCGGCCUCUCCCGGAUCCGACGGGCCUCCCGCAGCUCGUCCACACUCUGGCUGGUGGUCUCAGCACGUUUGCAGGCUCCAGCGGGUGGAGACGGCUUGGUGGGGGAGACCUCUAGGGCGCACGCCGUGCCCCACUUCCCCCUCACGGGAAAGGCUUCUCAGCGCGCAGACCCAGGAGACUCCCACCCCGGCUCUGCCCCAGGCUCCCAGGGACACGCAGCGGCCCGCUGGGCACCGGCCCCGAGCCCCCCGACACUGCCGUCCCGGUUCCCCAACGCGCGGACUACAAGUCCCAGCAGUCCCCGCAGCUGGCACCUCCCGCCUCGCCGCGGAGACCCCCGGCCGUCCAAGCGGCGGGGCUCCGGCUGCGCUCGUGGCCCGGCCGGGCGGGGAGGCCGGUCCCGCGGGCGGGGGCAGGGGCGGCUCCGCGGCUUCUCCCGCCGCCGCCGCCAAGGGGAGUUUCCAGGAAGUGGCCAUAUUGGAUCCAUUCAGCCGCAGCCGCCCGGGCGGAGCGCGUCCCGCUGCCGGCUGGUCCCCGUCGCGGCCCCUGCGCUGGUCCCAGCCCGCCCGCCCGGUACGGAGCUCGCCAUGGCGGCCACCGACCUGGAGCGCUUCUCGAAUGCAGAGCCAGAGCCCCGGAGCCUCUCCCUGGGCGGCCAUGUGGGUUUCGACAGCCUCCCCGACCAGCUGGUCAGCAAGUCGGUCACUCAGGGCUUCAGCUUCAACAUCCUCUGUGUGGGGGAGACCGGCAUUGGCAAAUCCACACUGAUGAACACGCUCUUCAACACGACCUUCGAGACUGAGGAAGCCAGUCACCAUGAGGCAUGCGUGCGCCUGCGGCCCCAGACCUACGACCUCCAGGAGAGCAACGUGCAGCUCAAGCUGACCAUUGUGGAUGCCGUGGGCUUUGGGGAUCAGAUCAAUAAGGAUGAGAGUUACAGGCCCAUAGUUGACUACAUCGAUGCGCAGUUUGAAAAUUAUCUGCAGGAGGAGCUGAAGAUCCGCCGCUCACUCUUUGACUACCAUGACACAAGGAUCCACGUUUGCCUCUACUUCAUCACGCCCACGGGGCACUCCCUGAAGUCCCUGGAUCUGGUGACCAUGAAGAAACUAGACAGCAAGGUGAACAUUAUUCCCAUCAUCGCCAAGGCUGACACCAUCUCCAAGAGCGAGCUCCACAAGUUCAAGAUCAAGAUCAUGGGCGAGCUGGUCAGCAACGGGGUCCAGAUCUACCAGUUUCCGACGGAUGACGAGGCUGUUGCAGAGAUUAACGCAGUCAUGAAUGCACAUCUGCCCUUCGCCGUAGUGGGCAGCACCGAGGAGGUGAAGGUGGGGAACAAGCUGGUCCGAGCGCGGCAGUACCCCUGGGGAGUGGUGCAGGUGGAGAAUGAGAAUCACUGCGACUUCGUGAAGCUGCGGGAAAUGUUGAUCCGGGUGAACAUGGAAGACCUCCGCGAGCAGACCCACAGCCGGCACUAUGAGCUCUACCGGCGCUGCAAGUUGGAGGAGAUGGGCUUUCAGGACAGCGAUGGUGACAGCCAGCCCUUCAGCCUACAAGAGACAUAUGAGGCCAAGAGGAAGGAAUUCCUGAGUGAGCUGCAGAGGAAGGAGGAAGAGAUGAGACAGAUGUUUGUCAACAAAGUGAAGGAGACAGAGCUGGAGCUGAAGGAGAAGGAAAGGGAGCUCCAUGAGAAGUUUGAGCACCUGAAGCGGGUCCACCAGGAGGAGAAGCGCAAGGUGGAGGAAAAACGCCGGGAACUGGAGGAGGAGACCAAUGCCUUCAAUCGCCGGAAGGCUGCGGUGGAGGCCCUGCAGUUGCAGGCCUUGCAUGCCACUUCGCAGCAGCCCCUGAGGAAGGACAAGGACAAGAAGAAUUAACGCACGCACAGACUUACAUGUCAAGAGUGGACUUUAGACUUUCAUGUGUUAAGUUGCUUGAGUUACACCUUGUGACCCUUCUCCCAUAACAUGGUGUGAGGACGGACUGGGAGCCGGUACAGACUCCAGUGUUUACAGCUUUGCUUUCCCCUACCCGACCCCGGCCCCAGGCUGCCCCAGGCCUGGCGGGCCACCCCUCUCUAUGCAAACACGUAAAAGCCAGGAAUGCUGGAAUCCAAAACUGACGAGGUUUAUUUUUUUCAGAGCCAGUGGCUGGUCUUCCAUUUACAGUGUCACUAUUCCCUGACGGAGCUGUUGUGCCACUCCAGCGAAGGCCCCAGCCGGGAUGCUAGGCCUAAUUGUUCAGCGUGGAGAUGGCAACUCACGUGGUGCCCUAGGUGCAGCUGCGUGGUCUGGUAUACAUGCUGCAAAAUUCGCCCAGUUCCCCUCAUUUUAAUUUUUCUAACCUAGAGCUUAAUUUUAAUAACUUUAAAACACUUCUAAAUAUUUAUUUUGGCACCAGCAUCAAGACAAAUAAUAUCCUCUCCCAUUAUUUUCAUAAGUAACACAGAUUUCCUGAUUUUUAAAAACUAAAAAUACCGCUAAACCUUUCUUAUGUAUAAAGUACGCCUAUCAUAUAUACAGGGAGAGCUGGGUAAUAAACUUCCUGUAAUGACAGUGUUUGGCAUUUCUUUGUGGAUGGAAUUGGAACAUGAACAAGACCAUGUCCAGUGUUUUUACUGUGAAUGUAAAUGGAACAGCAGCCCAAAGCAGUUGUCUAUGCCCCAGAGGUGCUACCUGUAAACAGGGACCAACUCCGUAUGUGUGUUAAGUGUUUGACUCCAAGUAAGACUCCCAAGCAAAUCCUGCAUAUUCCAAAUGCAAAGAGUACUCAGUGGGAAAAAGGUUGUUACCUCAAAGUCAUUGCUUCUUUCCUGGCUGGGUCACAGGGUGAAGAGAUGAAGGUGUCUGACGUAUACAGACAAUGAGGGGAAAAGUGAGCAGCAAAGGAGCUUUCCCCUUCAACUGCACUCUAAAGGGGAACAUUUUAAGGAAGUACUAGCAGCUUUGAUUCUUCUAUGCUCCUGUUGGUUUACAAGCCACCGAGAAUGUCAGUGUUGAGAAUAUGGCCUGGUAAAAUGGGAGAUGGAAAAUGAUUAGACGAAAGGAAGGAUAGUUUUAAUGUUGAAGCACUGUGCUGGGCCUGGAGCUACCCAGAGGAAUGCACAAUGCUCCCCUCAAGGAGCUCACAGUCUAGCAUACUCCCUGGCUGGAAGCCUCAGGAAGCCGUGCUAAUUUAUUGUGGAGUUGGUAGUUUGCUUUUCAUGCCCCUGUCUUCUUUCUCAUGGCCAUUUCCCCCUUUUUGCCUGGCUUGCAUUAUUGAUUUCCAGGACCAAGUCCUGGCUUCCUCCUGCCUUCCUGAGAUGAUGUUCUGCUCAGGGAGAGGCGGAGGGGUGAGCUGUGUACGUCCACUGAGGCACGGCCAGGAAGAGGCAGCCUUUACCUAUGAGGGGCUCCAUGCUCCAGCAGCAGAGCAGGUUCUAGUGACAAUUCUCCAAGUUUUUAUGCUAUGACCGGGGUGGAUCUAAAUGUUGUGGGGCUGAAAGCUUGAAUUAUUUAGACAGACUUCUUUAAGAAAAACAAUGUUAAUAUAAAAUUAGGUACAGGGUCUUGGAAGGGGCCCUGAAGAUUAGGGUUCAUUAGCUUCACAAUAAGUCCCCAUCUGGUUGCAACUGAAAACUGAUGCUUCAGUGAGGGUAUCUGAAAAGGUAAACUGGCAUAUAUCCAGGGCAAAUGUGGGUUGCCAGUGGCUCAUCUCUAGGGUAAUUUUAUGUCUGAAAGUAUGCAGUUGGGUCAGAGCAUGACCUUUAAGAUAGCCUCUCUCAGCUAACAUAUUUCUGAAGAUGAGGCCUGGUGACCCAGCAGGUUCAUUGGACACAUAAGAAAUGAGAAUUCCUGGUUCAUGGGCCAACCUGGGGCUCUGGAGUGUGCAGAUUUGGCCAUUCGUCCAUUGUGGCCCGCGGGUUGCAUCCCGGGUAUACUGAAAGGCCAUACUCGUGGCUGGCUGCCUGCCUGUGGGCCUAAGCCUUCCCGGUAUCUUCAGGGACACUUGACAGACUUCCGUUUUCUCAAGUCUGAGCUGCUUCCACAGGUCCCUCUAGCAAGCCUCACUGCACCUCUCCACCUGCUGUUUGUCUGGAAUUUUGUUAUCUUUAGCUGAGACCAAAUUAAACGGUGCAUAAAGUGAGCUUAAAACUUGCCACUGUUUAAUAAGUUAGCUCUCAUAGAAUGUGACCCUGUCUGCAGGGUCUCAUUUACCCUUCUUUUUCCCAUUGUUAUUUGUUGGCAUUAAUAGGGCUGUCUUACAGGAUCAUGUUGGCAUUUACUAUCAUGUCUUUCAUAAACCAUGUUUGUUUGGGGUAGAAGAAUCACCAUAUAAUUUGUUGUCCAAACUAGGACUAUUGAGAGAGAAAGGGGAUGCUAUUAAUUACACCAGAUCAAUAGGCAUAAACCAGACCUGUCCCAGGCCAAUGGGAAUAUUUGGUCUUUCUAGUUGUGGGUAAACUGAUCUAGGUGGUUUGUAAUUGUGCAUACUGACUGCAUAUAUGUUUGUGUAUGUCUAAAUGUGGGCUCCCUGUUAAGUGGGGCUCAUGGAUACGAGGCCCGAGUGUGGCUUGCUAGUCUGUUAUGUUAACAUGCUUUUCUAAAAUUGCUUCACGUGUUAAUUCAUUUACUCCUGUUUUUGUUCUUUUCCAUUCACUUUGUACUCAUUUUUUUCAUUAAAUUUUGCAUUUAUUUUGA